AUGGCAAAGGUAAUGAUCAUAACUGGUGCCACGUCAGGCAUUGGCAAAGGAGCAGCUUUUGAAAUGGCCAGAAGAAAGUGGCGGCUAGUGCUAAGCGGUCGUAACUCAGAAGCCAUGAAACAUGUGGUCGAAGAAUGCAAGAGAUUGGGUGCUGAAGAAGUAAGAAGCAUUUAAAUUUUUAAAAUUAAAAGUAAAAUUUUUUUUGUUUUUAAAAAUUUAAGUUAGGCCUUUAGGAUUAUAUUGUAGUAGGUUAGUCGAAAGUUAUUGCUGUCUUUGCCGAUUUAAACUAACAUAAAGGCUAAACCGGUUCUAAACACACUGUUGGACCUAGUAUUAUAUAAUGUUGAGCUACAAAAUUCUUGCAGUUUUGAAAUUUUUUUAGGUAACAUACGUCUUGGGUGACCUCACUGAUUCAACCACAGCCAAAAAGAUUGUUGGUCAUGCUAUUAAAACCUUUGGGCAAAUCGAUUCAUUGAUCAACAAUGCUGGUAUGUUAGUUGGAGGCAACUUGGAAAGUGCUAAAGAUGAUUUAUCAGAUUAUGAUGCUCAAAUGGAUGGGAAUGUUAAAAGGUGUGUUGACCUGUUUUUAUCUUACAUUAGCCUAACCGUGGUCAAAAUCUCACCUACUUUACAUUUAACAAUAGUCUAUAGUUUCACCUUACCAUAGCUUUUACUCUAGAAUUGCCCUACCCUAAUUGUAAGUUAUACUUUAUCCCUCCAGUAAUUCUACAGUACUCUCGCAAAACAAGUUUAACGAAAAACGUUUUUUAGUGUUGUUCGACUAACCAAGGUAGCUCUACCCUUCCUAAUCAAAAGCAAAGGAACGAUUGUCAACGUGAGUAGUGUUUGUGGCACCAAUCCAAUGCCAGGUGCAUUUUACUACUGUAUGUCGAAGAGUGCUUUGGAUCAAUUCACAAAAUGUUUAGCCAUGGAGGUGGCACCAAAGGGCGUUAGGGUCAAUUCUGUCAAGUGAGUGUGAAACACGUUUACCUUUAAUAACCAGGAUAAAAUUAUGCUAAGAUAGCAGUAGAACUAGGCUGUUUUGACAAAGGGUUAGAAGAGUUGAAUAACGCUGGUCUAGAGCUAGGACUGGGCUCUGGGCUAGGGCUUUGGGCUAGGGCUUUGGGCUAGGGCUUUGGGCUAGGGCUUUGGGCUAGGGCUUUGGGCUAGGGCUUUGGGCUAGGGCUUUGGGCUAGGGCUUUGGGCUAGGGCUUUGGGCUAGGGCUUUGGGCUAGGGCUUUGGGCUAGGGCUUUGGGCUAGGGCUUUGGGCUAGGGCUUUGGGCUAGGGCUUUGGGCUAGGGCUUUGGGCUAGGGCUUUGGGCUAGGGCUUUGGGCUAGGGCUUUGGGCUAGGGCUUUGGGCUAGGGCUUUGGGCUAGGGCUUUGGGCUAGGGCUUUGGGCUAGGGCUUUGGGCUAGGGCUUUGGGCUAGGGCUUUGGGCUAGGGCUUUGGGCUAGGGCUUUGGGCUAGGGCUUUGGGCUAGGGCUUUGGGCUAGGGCUUUGGGCUAGGGCUUUGGGCUAGGGCUUUGGGCUAGGGCUUUGGGCUAGGGCUUUGGGCUAGGGCUUUGGGCUAGGGCUUUGGGCUAGGGCUUUGGGCUAGGGCUUUGGGCUAGGGCUUUGGGCUAGGGCUUUGGGCUAGGGCUUUGGGCUAGGGCUUUGGGCUAGGGCUUUGGGCUAGGGCUUUGGGCUAGGGCUUUGGGCUAGGGCUUUGGGCUAGGGCUUUGGGCUAGGGCUAGCUAAAAUUAAUAUCUUUAGUCCUGGUGUAAUUCGAACUGAAUUUCAACAACGGGCAGGAUUUACUGAAGACACUUAUCAACAGGUAUGUUUUUUAAAAAACUAGUUUUUUUUCUAGUUUUUUUAAACUAAAAAAUUUUUAAAAUCAAAAAAAAAUUUUCAGUUCUUAAAAAAGAGGCGAAGAAAUUCACCCAUUGGGCCGUGUUGGUUAUCCAGAAGAAACGGCCAAAGCUAUUGCCUUCUUGGCCACAGAUGACUCGUCUUUCACUACUGGAGAACUGCUGAAGGUUGAUGGCGGAAGAGCCAUUUUCAGUUUGGAAUAAUUGUAAAACUUUCAAUGUUUCCAAAUUCAAUUUGCAAGCUUAUUGUUGCUCUAAAUAUUGAUUAUCAUCACUAGUAUUCAGAUAACUAUCAUAGUUUGUGUUUUCCAACUUGCCGUAGUUCGAAAUCACCAUUGUCUUUACUAUCAAUAAAAAUUUUUUAAAACGAUAAAUAAACAAAAUGAACACAAUGAGAACCUUAUCAUUUUGAUACGCAUAAGAGCAUUAAUAAGUAUAACAACGAUCACAUAAAAACGUUAUUCAUAGAAACAGUUUUUGGUUGAAUAGUUGUAUUAGGAUAGGGGUAAGGUAGAGCAAGAUCAGAACAAAAGCAACACUAGAGUAUGGCAAUGAUAAAGCCAUUAGGUGGAGCACAAGUAUCGCAAUGAAUAAUAAAGGGCAAAGAUAGGGCAGGGCUAGUGUAGGGUCGUGCUAAGGUAAAGCUAGAGUAGAACUAGAGUACAGCUGGGUAAAGCGAUGAGCCGAAUAAUGUGAAGCUAAGGUAUAAAAAGGGUAAAGAAGAAUAGGGCUAGAAUAUAUAAGAGUAGAGGAAAAUUAAGGCUUUAGAAAAGUUAAGGCAAAGGCAAGUCAAGGGUAAGGCAAGGAAAAAGAAAAAAUGAGGAUGAGGUCAGGCAAAAGCCGGUAGAGUAGGACAAAUACGGUAACACCACUUUUUACGCACCCUGUAUGUAAACAACUGUAAAAAAAUUUAAUUUUUUGUUGUAUUUUUUAUUUUUUUUGUUUGCAAAAACAUUUUUUUUGUCAUUUCACAUUAGCUUGUCUGAUUUAAUCAAAAAUGAAUUUUGAAAAACAAAUUACGAACAUGUUCAGUCUAAUCAUUGUCGCUUUCUAUAUACGUAUAUACUUCAAUCUUUAUGAAUGAUACACUAAACAUUAUAGUCGACUUGUACUUUUUAGCAAAAACUGAUUGUGCAAGAAGAACUUUUUUUUGAUUUUUAAUGUAUAGUUUUUGCAAAUUUUGAUUAAAUUUUUGUGUAAUAGCGUUUGUCAUGACUUAUAACAACCAAGAUUUUAAACUUUAAAUUUUAAUUCAAUUUGUGAGGCAUUGAUUACAUUUCAUAUUUUACUUUGUUCAAUCUGUAAAUUGCGAAUUAAAAUCACUACUCAAUUGUAAAAUCAAUUUACAGAAAAAAGCCAUGGCAAAGGUAAUGAUAAUAACUGGUGCAACAUCCGGCAUUGGCAAGGGAGCGGCCUUUGAAAUGGCCAGAAGAAAGUGGCGGCUAGUGCUAAGCGGUCGUAAUUCUGAAGCCAUGAAAGAAGUCGUCGAAGAAUGUAAAAAAUUGGGUGCUGAGGAUGUAAGUUGCAUUAAAAUUUUAAAUUUUGAAAGUUUUUAUACUUUGCGAUUUGAAAAACAUAUGUUUAAGCUUUCAAGCUUAUAUUGUAGAUUGGUUGAAAAAAACUGUUGUUUUUUUGACAUUUGUAAGUCAAUACAGAGCUAAAAUUUGCUUCGAACACAAUGUUAGACCUAAUAUUAUAAUAGGCUACAAACAUUUUGAUACGUUGUAAAAUUUAUUUUUAGGUAACAUUCGUCUUGGGUGACCUCACUGACCCACCUACAGCUAAAAACAUUGUUGAUCAUGCUAUCGAAACGUUUGGUCAGAUUGACUCAUUGAUUAAUAACGCUGGCAUGGCAGUGCUGACAAGCUUUCCAAAUGCUUCUGAAACCCUAGAAGACUUUGACACUCAAUUUGAUAAUAAUGUAAAAAGGUAGGGUAGCGUGGGUUAGGGUAAGCGUAGGACAAAAGUAAGGCAAGGGCAGAGCAAGGGCAGGAUAAGAAUAGGGCACAAGUAGGAGUGGCGAGAGUAUGGUAUUCAUUUCAAUCAAUGAAAACUCAUUUUUAGUGUUCUCCGACUAACAAAGCACGCUCUGGACCACUUAAUCAAGACCAAAGGUACUAUUGUGAAUAUCAGUAGCAUUGCUGGUCUGAAUGCCUAUCCAACUUGUGUGUACUACUGUAUGUCAAAGAGUGCUUUAGAUCAAUUCACAAAGUGUUUGGCUAUGGAAUUGGCUUCGCAAGGCGUUAGGGUUAAUUCUGUCAAGUAAGUGUAAAAAACAAAAGCUUUUUGAUGUUUUUGAAAAAUGUAAAUAACUUUGUUUACAAAACAAAAAAUGGCAAGAACUUUCUUUACAAAACAAAAAAUGGCAAGAACUUUCUUUACAAAACAAAAAAUGGCAAAAACUUUCUUUACAAAACAAAAAAUGGCAAGAACUUUCUUUACAAAACAAAAAAUGGCAAAAACUUUCUUUACAAAACAAAAAAUGGCAAAAACUUUCUUUACGAAAAAAAUGGCAAGAACUUUCUUUACAAAGCCAAAAAUGACCAGAACUUUCUUUACAAAACAAAAAACAAUAAAAAAUCAACUUCAAAAUAUAAAUUUUAGCCCUGGAGCUAUUGUCACCAACUUUAUGAAGCGAAUUGGAAUUACUGAAGAGCAAGAAAAAGAGGUGAGCCUUUUAACUUAAUAUGCCAUUACUUUUGGGCUACGGUCAAGAGUAAGGCAAGGGUAGUACAAAAGUAAGGCAAGAGUAAAGCAAUGCCGUCUUAAUUUACAGAUGUUUGAAAACUGUAAAAAGACCCAUCCCCUCGGCCGCGUCGGCCAAAUAGAUGAAACAGCCAAAGCCAUUGCUUUCUUGGCCACUGACGACUCGUCUUUCAUUACUGGAGAACUUCUGAAGGUUGAUGGUGGAGCUACUGUUUAUAAGCCAUAA